UACUGCCUAUAUCAUGGUGGAAUCCAUCAUGGCCUAUACUGUGAAAGGAAAGAGUGGAAACCAUAAAGGCGAAUUGAUUGACAAAGAAUUUUACAACGGAAAAAUGGCGAAAAGCAUAAAUCCCAUGGUGGACGGUUUUAAGAUUAAGGAUUUAAUAAAUGAAGAUGGAAUUAUGUUUGAAAUUGGAGAAGACUGUAAUAUCAAUGAAGAGGAUGAAGAAUUUUCUUAUUCUCCCUAUGUACAAUUUAGCAAUGAAGAGAUGUUAAAUAUGUUAAACAUGAAUGAUUUUGAAAAUGAAGACGAAGAUGAAAAAGAAACUGUAUCACUCUGUGGUCUAAGUUUUUCAAAGCUAAAGACAAAGAUGACAAGCCUAACUACAGAUAACAAAGUUAUGAAGUAUGUUAAACAGAAAGGUGUUGGAGUAAUUAUACCAGAAAAUGCUCAAGCAAUUGUCCAUUAUAUUGGAUAUUUUGAAUACAGAGAUGAGCCUUUUGAUUCUACUUAUUCUGUUGGGAGACCAAGAUCGUUGCGUUUAGGCCAGAGUUUCAUUAUAUCUGGUUUAGAAAUUGGUAUACGUUCUAUGCAAAAGCACGAAAUAGCAGUAUUUCUGAUACAUCCUGAUUAUGCCUUCAAGGCUAUUGGUUGUCCACCACGUAUUCCACCUAAUGAGGAAGUGAUCUUUGUUGUCCAUUUAGUUGAUUUUAUUGACAAUGGUUGUGCACAAACAUAUAAAAAUCUUAACGCAGAGGAGAGACAAUUAUUUAACUAUGUUGUAGAGCCUGUGGAACAUAUGUUUGUGACUGCUAAAGAUUAUUGUACAAAAUUUAACUACAAACCGGCGAUACGAGAAUAUAGAAAGAUUAUUGAUUGUUUGGAGUCAGUUAAGUUAAAAGAUGACGAUGAAGAAAAAAAAAUGAAUGAACUACUCUCACGAGCGUAUACCAAUCUUGGAGUUUGUUAUAAUAAGAUAGACCUGCCUACUAAAGCUUGUUUAGCUUUAAGAAACGUUUCAAAACCAACAGCUAAAAGUCAUUAUCAUUAUGGAAAAGCUUUGCUGAGUAUUGGAGAAUACAAUAAAGCAAUGAAAGAAUUCUAUGCUGCAAGCAGUUUAGAAAUGAAUAAUGACGUUAUUGAAAAAGCAAUUCGGACAACAAAUAUGAGACAGCGUGAGCAUCUGGAAAUAGAGAAACGCUUAUGGAGAAAUUGCUUCAAAUCUAAGGAAGAACGAAUGAAAGUUUCUGAAUUUCGAAAAGCCGCCCGUGAUUUGUGUGAAAAACUUAUCAAUAGUCCUAAUACAGUAAGACAAAAUCUCUCAGAUGGUUUUACAAAAGAAGAAUAUGAAAUUAUACGUGAGGAAGCGGCUAUAUUAGGAUUAAAUGUUGUUACAUCUAUUAGAUAUGACAAAGAAACUAUAUUCCUUCAAAAGAGCACAAAAUCAUAA